AUGACAGACCCCCUGUCAGAGUUCUUGCUGGAUCUGCGCCAUGGUCUCCAUCUGAAACGGCGGAGAAGCCGGACGGCGUUCACGGAACAGCAGCUGGAGGCGCUGGAGAGCACUUUUGAGUGGAACCAUUAUCCCGAUGUGGGCACCAGGGAGCGCCUGGCUGUCUUUGUCAACCUGCCCGAAGCCCGGGUUCAGGUAUGGUUCAAAAACCGCCGGGCGAAAUUCCGUAAGGGCCAGCAUGGACUGCUGAAGAAAUCCUGCCGAGCCGAUGCACCGACAGCUACUGGAGAAGGAGGAAAAGAAGGAAACGCAACUGAACCUGGCCACUCGCAGAUGGCCUGGAUAAAUCCCACACUGGCUGCCGGGUUACCUUCUUCGCCCCGGCCGCCAGAAUCCCCCUAGCCUGGCUUCGGCUUCCUUGUAUCUCCAGCAGCUGGAUCAGGUCCGGUUUCUCCUCCACAUGGAGCAUCACUACCAACUUGCAAAGCACUUGCA